AAAUGCAGAUCAGCGACAAGUGUCGUCGAUUCCCAGGGCUAACGAAUCUCCAAGGCUCCGGUGGGCCAUUAGGCUUACCAGUCGCCGUGCUUUAAGGACGCAGAGGAUACCCCAUAAACCACAUCGUCGUUGACUUCCGCGUACGGGGUGCCCUAGGGUCACAUUGUAGGUUGGCUGUCAUUCUAAAAGGUCAACUAGGGUAGCGAGUUAUGUAUCAAUAUCAUAUCUAUGUACAUCACUUAUGACCUAAGAAGACGGAUGAACACGAGUGUUCUUGUAAUUUGCUUCUUUGUGUUGCGUGCCUACAUGCAUCGACCUCUCUACCCAUCCAUUUCUGACAUAGCAAGGCGUGCAAUUUCAGUUAUCGGAUUCCCUCAGCGCUCCUCUACCCGUUACGUACCUCUCUUAUACGAUUUGUACGCCUUGCCGUGCGGAAUGAGGAGGCUGAUCGUUCUCAGGGGCGGAUUCACAGAGUCGCUCAUCCAUUUGUUCGUGCGCAAGAUCUUGAAGAUCAUGUAUGCGGUGUCGGUCUGCUGGAGACGUAAAGCAAGCCGGAGUGCCUGCAACAGUCCGCUACCUGCGGUCUUUACCGCUUCCCAGCUACGCCAACUCGAUAGCUCCUUAAGCUGGCGUACCACAUACUUGAGAAUAGUCUUGACCAUACUUGUUUGCCCAGCUGCAACUGCCGCGUCCAGAGCGUUCAGAAAGUAGCGUCCGUGAGCUCUCCAUACGUUGUUGGUAUGUGUGACAGCUUCCAGAAAGAAUUCUUCGUUACCAA